AUGGAAAUCGACCCUAACGGAAAACUCGGUUCUGAAACCAUCUCUGUACAAAUAAAAAAACCCUUGCCAACUGGUUAUAAUUCUUGUGACAUCCUGUGGAGUUACAUAACAUUGCCGGAUUUUGGAGCACCCCAGAGCGUAGAACACUCCAAAAAAGUACUAGGAAACUGUUCCAGCGACAGAUAUGUACCUUUAAGAAACUAUCCAUGGUACUUUGGGAAUACAGCUAAUAUAGCUUUUUAUGACCAAGACACAAGUAAAAAAGAGGACAUAUUGCAAUUUUCAAAUAAAAAUUAUGAAGAACUUACAGUUACAGAUCCUGCAGAUCAAACAUACGAGAGUCUUUUGCGAUAUGAAGUUUUGAGAGAUGACCUUCAGCUUUUUAGCACCCAUAGCAUAACGCCCGCUGGAAAAUCUAUAACGAAAGACCUAAACGUUCUAAGAUAUUCUUGUCGAGGUCCCCCGGUACAAGCAAAUGUACAGGAUUUCUCCCAUCCGAUAAGCCCAAACAGUCAAAAGUUGUUAAUAGCUCCAAAAAGAGUUCCAAGAAAAAUUUCGAAGGUACCUUUCAAGGUUCUUGAUGCGCCCGAGUUACAAGAUGAUUUUUACCUCAACCUAGUGGAUUGGUCUCAACAAAACGUAUUGGCUGUAGGCUUGGGGACCUGUGUUUAUUUGUGGAGCGCUUGCACAAGCCAGGUUAUCAAAUUGUGUGAUCUACGUGCUCAUGCGGACUCAGUAACGUCUGUCAGUUGGAUUGGAAAAGGACAACACUUGGCAGUCGGAACGACGAACGGACUCGUACUGUUGUGGGACACGGUGAAAUGUAAAACUAUACGCGCCAUGACAGGGCAUGCCGCUCGAAUUGGAACGAUGGCCUCUAAAGCUUCUUUGCUUUUAACAGGUAGUCGCGACAGGUCUAUACUAUACAGGGACAUCCGAGCCCCUGAGCAAUUUCUUGGAACGCUUCUGGGUCACAAGCAAGAGGUUUGCGGAGUACGUUGGUCACCAGAUAGACCCCUCAUCGCCUCGGGGGGAAACGACAAUAAGUUGUAUGUGUGGGACAUAAAUAACUUUAGAACUGGCCCAUGUAUACAGUUCAACGAACACAAAGCAGCAGUUAAGGCAUUGGCUUGGUCGCCUCACCAAAGUGGGUUACUAGCCUCGGGAGGAGGAACAGCUGAUCGGAAAAUUCGAUUUUGGAGCACGCUGACAAGUCAGGCGCUGCAAUGCAUCGACACAGGAACGAGAUCCCAAGUAUGCAACCUUGCUUGGUCAACGGCCAGAAACGAGCUGGUAAGUACCCAUGGCUAUUCUCAAAACCAGAUACUCAUAUGGAAGUACCCGUCCAUGCGACAAAUUGCUAAGCUUACUGGACACUCCACCAGGGUACUUUACCUGGCAAUGUCGCCAUGCGGUCAAACAAUAGUGACCGGCGCUGGAGACGAGACGCUGCGAUUUUGGACCGUAUUUGACAAGGGCCAUUCCCCCAGUCAUAAAAACUCGAUAUUAACACCAUUUACGCAGCUAAGGUGAUUUAAAGGGACAGUUAAGCAAGGUACCUACGUGAAGAGCGGUCACGCUUUAAAUUUUAUAACGCGGCCA